AUGGCGGCCAGCUCGAGGAAGCAAUUCGGCAUCCUGACCACGGAAGAUUUGAGCGCAAUAACGACUGCGCUCAGACAAGAACACUUCAAUGGUCCGGUCGAUACCAUUCCCAGGCUGCCUGACGAGGUCCUUCUUCUGAUUUUCUCUCGGAUCAUCACAAACUGCAUCUACCUGUACCAGGAAGGCUAUCCGGAUAUUUUACGAUCCACUGGAUCCCUUAGACAAGUGUGUCGCCGAUUUCGAAAUCUUGUCGAUGAGCUGAUGCUCAGCACUCCUCUCCGGAGGAUCCUGCUCAUAGGUCCCAUAUCUGGGAACUAUACAGACAUGACGACCAUGUAUCAAGAAUAUCGGAAUAGUCUUUGGACAAGACUCGGCAGACCAAACGCUGGUGUCAUUCCUUUGGGGGCGGUUGUGCACUUCUAUCCGUGCCUUGACGUGAAUGAUUCUGUGAACUGGUUUCGAGACAACAACCUGCUUCUGGAAUUAAAGGACAUCCUCGCGGUGCAGGAAGCCAUCACAGCGCACCAUAUUGCAGCACUUAUUCUUUCUCGGAUCAUGCAAGAGGUCAUUCGCAGACAAUUCCGUGGACACCGUUAUCCCACCCUUGGCCUUGUCUUUCAUGAGGUCGAUGGUUCAUGGUUUCGUGGGAACCACUAUUUUGAAGAGAGACACCGCCAACCCGAUUUCCUACCAUUUUGGGAUUCAAAGGGGAUGCAAUUGAUCCUGAGGGAAUGGCGGUGGAUCUUCCGACGCCCUAACAAGAGUCGCGCUCGCCGUAUUCAAGUUAUCCUCCCGAACGUUGCGUGGGCAACAAAUUCCGCCGUCGAAAAUGAAGCAGAAGCUGCCAAUAUUUGCGUUGCCGAGCUCUACCAAGCUUGGGCAGCAGAGAACGAUGUGGCAGACAUGCAGGUGCAACUUCCAAAUCCUCUUGAAAGCCAGGCUAUUCGCAGAAAUAUUGUCUACCUACCAGGCUUCCCCGGGCCCAUCAGGUUCCCAACAGACUCGCUGUACGCAAGGUGGCUGGGAACGACGACCGAGGAUGCUUUAGAGAUCUUCGCCUUCACAAUUCGUGCGUUAGUGGUUGGGGUCGAGAGAGAUGGCGCAUUAGCUAUUAUCAAGCAGUCCUAUCGGCCACUCUUUGAGUCUAUUGAGUCUGCCGGACAAUCACACACUCAGACUGCGGAUUUGGAGAAGAUGCGGCAGCACCAAGCGGUGCGGCUGACGAGAUAA